AAAAGCCGGAGCAGGGACCGCGGCGGCAGGUUGUUAUUCUUGGGGACUCAGCGCUGCGCGUUCCGUUUCUGUCAGCGUCGCUGCUGCAGCCUGAGCGUCUAGAGCUGCCUGCCAUGAGCCGGCGGCUGUGAGACGCCGAGGCAUAGCAGCGCGGGCGAGCAAAUCGAAGCUCGAGCGGAGAGCGCGAGGGCUGCAGACGAGCCAGCAUGAUCCGCGGCGCCCCGGCACCCAUGGCAGAGCCGCCGCCGGUCAUCUUCUGCCACGACUCCCCGAAGCGCGUGCUGGUGUCAGUCAUCAGGACCACGCCGGCAACGCCUCCGUGCAGCGGCGUGGGGGAGCCCGAGCAGCCGCCGCCGCUCGUCCCCACCAGCCCCGGCUUCAGCGACUUCAUGGUGUACCCGUGGCGCUGGGGCGAGAACGCACAUAACGUGACGCUCAGCCCGGGGGCAGCGGGCGGCGUCGUUUCGGCUGGGCUGCCCGCGGCGGCUGAGCUCCCGACGUUGCGGGGUGCUCCACCAUCCACCACCUCGGUGGCCGCCGCAUCGGGCGGGGAGGACGAGGAGGAGGCGAGCAGCCCAGACAGCGGCCACCUCAAGGAUGGAAUCCGACGUGGUAGACCCAGAGCAGACACUGUCCGGGAUUUAAUAAAUGAAGGAGAGCAUUCGUCCAGCAGGAUCCGCUGUAACAUCUGUAACAGGGUGUUUCCAAGGGAGAAAUCACUCCAGGCUCACAAAAGGACUCAUACGGGUGAGAGACCGUAUCUCUGUGACUAUCCAGAUUGUGGAAAAGCCUUUGUUCAGAGUGGACAGCUCAAAACACAUCAACGUCUUCACACUGGAGAGAAGCCUUUUGUCUGUUCAGAAAAUGGCUGCCUAAGCAGAUUCACCCAUGCAAACCGCCACUGUCCAAAGCACCCCUAUGCCAGGCUGAAGAGAGAAGAGCCAACGGACACACUGAGCAAACAUCAGUCUGCAGACAACAAGGCUGCUGCCGAGUGGCUGGCAAAGUAUUGGGAAAUGAGAGAGCAACGCACCCCUACCCUGAAAGGCAAGCUAGUUCAGAAGGCUGAUCAGGAGCAGCAGGACCCAAUGGAGUACCUUCAGUCUGAUGAAGAGGACGAUGAGAAGAGCGGUGCCCAGCGCCAGCUGCAGGAACAGCGAGAGCGGCUGCAUGGGGCCCUGGCACUCAUUGAGCUGGCCAACCUGACAGGGGCACCACUCCGUCAGUAGCCCCAACACUGACUCUUCACUGUACAAAAAUACUGCCCAACAUACUUACAAAGUAGAUCCUUGGGCAUAAGCUAAGCACCUUAUUUGCUUAUCAUAGGCUGCUAUUCUGUAGAAACUAAUGAAGAAUGUUGUUGCCUCAGACAUGGGGUGAGAGAGAAUUGCACUUUUUUUUUUUUAUACAGAAAUGGAUUUGAUGUAAAGUUUAAAAUAUUUUGUAAAUAUGGACUGCAGUUACAGGGUAGAAGCUACAUGUUGUGGGAAGCUAGGUUUUGCAAGUUUAAUGCAUUCAUUGGAAGCAGUUCUCACAGGAAGCACUUUGUGAAUAAGACAUUUGUAUGAAAAAACAGUUUGGUUCAAAUAGCCAAAGAAGGUUGAAAUAGAUUAUUUAUAAGAUCAUUUUAAACAGUGUAUGUUAGUAUGUGUGACAGUACUAUAAACACUGAAGCAGGGCAGUGUGAAACAUAUGUAUAAGAUACAUAUUUUUAAAUUGCAAAAUAGCGUGCCCAGUAGGGCUAGAGAAAUGGAAGGCCAGCUAUUUGGAAAGAUGCUAUAAGUUAUGGACUUGGAAGAAAAUGGGUAUUUGAGGAUCUUGGUAAGGGGUAGUAGUUGAGUUUUUUUUUUAAAUUGGUGUAAAAUGAGUCUCAUCGCAUCUUUCUGGACUUUAUAACUAACUGUAAUGCUGAUGCUUAGAAAGCGCUCGUCACCCAGCUUGUUGCCUGGGGACUUUUGCACAUUGCUCAGCUGCUGGAUCUGAGUGAUUAAUCUUGCAAAGUCUAGGUAACCCAGCAACUGGUGCACAUGUAUGUGUGUGUGUGUGUGUGUACACCAGUGAGAUCUUUUAUGGGCCCUGUAAUGAGAUUGGCACUUGUGUUUAUAUUAAUAAAAGGGACAUCUGCAGGGUUGUUUUGUAGUGAAAUGUUUUAGGUCUUUUGAUAGUAAACACUAAAUUUUAAUUGUACUGCUUGUUUAGCAUUAUUAGCGGAUGGAAGCCUCCAUAUUUAUAUUUUCAGUGCAUAUUGCCACCUUUCUGCUUCACUUCAGAAUAACAUGCCAAGCUAUUUUGUGUUCACUAAAUUUAGCUAUCAGUUAAACACUUGAGUGAAUAUUAGCUACUCAAAUAUACAGGCUUCUGAGAUAGUUUUAACUGCAAGUGUGUUGUCUGGUGGUUCAAAACCAUUUUCUCCAAAUAGAUGAAGUUAUUGAACACACGUUGUAUACUGAGGCAUGAACAGAAUCCCAGGGCUGAGCAGCCAUCUCUUUUAUAGAGUCAGGAAUCUCUGUCACUUGAGCUUUUGUUAAAAGGUGAAUGAAACUAUACACAGAACAUGGUGAUUUAUAGACUUCUUAAUUGGAGACUUCAAAGUAAUAGGAGGAAGAUGGAUUCUUCAGUGCCUUUGAGUUGAGAUAGCACCCUACAAGUUUAGAUUACACAUUAUUGAGAAUGUAGGCUUUCUUAUUAAAAAUCUCAGCAGUUGUAGCACACAGGUAGUUAAAUUGUGUAGCCUUGGAGAGGGGAGGUAAGGAGAUGUCUUGAGAAGCACUAGUGUGAAACUGAAGAAUUGGAAGUUACAAUAAUGUGUGUGAUGAGGACAUACUUUAAAAAUGGAAUUCCUCUGUAUAGUCAAUGACAGAUCUUUAGGGGCUUUUUGUAAUAACAAUUUAUAUUUGUAAUGGUCUAAGAAUUUUAUUUGUAGUCUGGUAUGUAGAAUUUUAACUUGGAGCACUUAAAAGUAUGUUAAGAGACCAUAGCAUCUGAAUUUUCUUGGUUUGGGGUUCAACGUUUUUCUCUAGAAUUUUUCCUCAGAUGAAUGAGAGUAUAUGGAUCAAAGUGCAACACUCACCAGUAUUGGGAAGUUUAAAAUCUGAUCAGCUCACCUUCAGGACAGUAGUACAAUUUGAAAAAUGUAGUUAGCCAAUUCACAGAUGAUAAAAAGUCUUCAAAAAGUAAGGGUUUUGUUUGUUUCUCCAGCUGAUUUUUGUCAACCAUUGUAGUUAUGUUCCCAAGUAUUUUUUAUUUGUAUGAUUGGAUAGUUUAAGAAAUUACUUCAGCUGCUUACCAUUGGCCAUGUUUUAAAGCAUUCCUUUUUUUUUUUUUUUGAUAUAAGGUAUUUACUUGGACAAAAUACAUUGGCAUCUAAAAUUUGAGGUGUGUUAUGACUGCUUUUUGUUUUAAAAAUGUGGUUACAUUCAGAUUUUUGAAGUGUUUUAUGCUUCAUAUGGCUAAGUUGUAGUUUGGCAGAGUUAACAGCAUAUUAAUAAACAUGCUGUAAUUUUAAAAGAUGCUUUGAAUAAAAUUUUAUUUUAAUUUA